UGAGGAAAUGAUGACGAUAGCAGCGCCAACUGUCGUCUAAUGAGAGGAAGCGUUAGCAGCGCCACUGUUGUGUAGUGGGAGGAAGUGAGAGCACCGCGAAACAACACUUGUGGUAGAACAUAAAAUGAAAUGUUUUGAACGAUUCGAACGUAGUUCUGUGUCUAUUAGCUGAUGAGAACGUAUGUUACGUGCCGAUUAAAAAUUAGCUCUCUCUCUCUUUUUCUCGUUUUAAUACAAAUUACAUCUAACGAAAAUACAAGUGGAGUUGUGCCUUAACAAAAUAUAUAUAUAUAUACAUAUAUAUAUAUAUAGAUAAUUAAUUUCGUGGUACUUCAUUUACGACGUUUUUUAAGAAUUUCGAAAGAUAUAUACACAUAUUAAUCCUUAAGCGAGGUGUAUAUAUAUAUAUAUAUACACGCAUUUGUAUAUAUCAUAUUAUAUUAUUAAAAAAAAAAGAAAACGAGAUGAGGAGUCUAAUCUUUACCACCAUUUUUCUCAUUUCUUUUGUGACAAUGCGAGUCAUUGGAUCAGCUAUACCUAUGUGGGAAUUUCUUUCGAGAGAGGAAAAAAUGAGCCGUUUGUACAAAAUGUUUAGUCAACAAGCGACACAAUUUUGUGCUGAUUCAUCGAGACCGGAUUGUAAUAAGAAUUUCUUAAUUACCGGUUUACGAAAUCUUGUUAAUAUGGACGAUAAUGUUCUCGAUAAAUUGGAUCCAUAUCAACGUGGUGCUAGAGAAAUAAUUUGGCGAACUUUAAUAGGAACAAAUAGACUCUCGUCCAGGACUAAUAAAGAUGAUAUCAAAGGAAAUUAUUUUCCUACAAAUGGACUUACGAUAGGAAAUGAUGAUAGCGAGACGAAUAGUAUUACAGAGGAAAGCGUGUCAACGAAUGAUUACAUUCACGUUGGUCCAUAUUUGAUCGGACCAAUGGUAACACGUGUUUAUCCGGAUGGACGUCCAGUUCCAGAUGAUAGAAUGAAAUUUCGGCCGAGGGAUGAUGACAUCGAUGAAUUUAAAUACACUAUGCCAUUAUUAACAUCUAUAAGUGAUAUCGAGGGAAAUUUUGAUAGAUCAUCUUACAGAAAUAAACGUUUCAAUAAUGAUAGAAAAGAUAUGCCAUUGAUAAGUGAACUAGGCCGAAGAAAGGAAACGACUAACGAAGGACAUCGUGAAGGUUCACCGAGAUACAUAACACUUAGGCGAAUAUCGAUCGAAGAUCAUGACGUAGAUUAUCAUUGAACGAGUAUCCACAAGGUUUUCUUUCGAAAGUACUAAACAAAAAACAAAUACAACUCGCAUUUCUUUUACUAUAUGCGAGGAGAGAUCGCUUUGUUCGCGUUGGAGAAAGAAAAAGAAAGGGAAAGGGAGAGAGAGAGAGAGAGAGAGAGAGAGAGAGAGAGAGAGAGAGAGAAAGAGAGAGUGAAAGAGAGAAAGGGAGAGUGAGUGAGAGAGAGAGAGAGAGAACGCGAAGACUGAUUGAUUGAUUAUAGAAUUUUUAGAAAUUAUGAUGUAUCUGUACGAAUGAAUAUGAAAAGGAAGGAAAGAUCAUGAAUAAUGAAAAAAAUCAAAGUGGUAGUUGAUACAUUGUUAAAAUGAACAUUAAGUCCCACCGUUAUCAAUGAAUUUUAUUUAACUUUUCUGAUCGUUCAUUUUGAUUUUUCUUUUUCUUUGUUAUUUAACAAGAUAUUUUGGUUAUUACAUUACAAAUAUAAUGUACACAACGCAACCUUAUUGACUAUAAAAUAUUGAUUAAAUAAAUGGACUUAUUCGAUGAUGAUAAUUAAAAUCAUCGAAAUUUAUUCAAUCUACCAUAUGUAUAUGUAUAUAUAUAUAUAUAUAUGUACUGCAUGAUGAAAUGACGAUCAUCAUGAAAAAUUUUAUACGAGUGUGUACAUAGAAACGUUCUAUUUAUACGUAUAUAUUUAUAAUAUGUAAAUAGAAAAUAUAUAAGAAUAAUAUGUAAAUAGAAGGUAUAUUAAUUCUUGUUUUUUUUUUUUUUUAAUUUAUUUAUUUUAUUUUUUAAUUACCAUAUAAUUUUAAUUGCAUAGACAAUUUUGUUUAGUUCAUCUUUAUAAUGAAAACCACCAAAAUUGGUCAAGAAUUAUGUCCGGAUGUCGUUAUUCAUUAUAAAUGUUGUUUUCGAUAUUUUCACGU